AUGGCUUCUGGUCCUCGGACUACUGAGCGUCUCUGCGACUCCGAAACCGACGAGCAGAACUUCGCCCAACGGAAGAAGCGGUUGCGCAGCGUCAGCUUCGCCGAGGUCGAGAUCACUUCCGUCUACGUCUUUGAACGCGACGAGAGCAACGAGAAUCCACCGGCCGACGGUGCCUCAACGAAGAACCAGACUCCCGAGCCUGAGAACGAGGUGCUAGGGUUUUUCAAGGAGCUUGCGGAUGGCAACGACGAUUUGGAAGAGUCUUCAUUCUAUGGAGGCGAAGCCGAAGAAGAAGACGUUGUGGAUCCCAGUGCUCGCAAGUCGUUUUGGCAGCCGAUGGAGUUCCCCGGGAGAACUAUUUUCGGUUCCGCCACUUCAAAUGACGUGGAUAAUUUUUUCGGUCCUGUGUCGACCGAUUUCAUUAGACCUAGACGCUUGCCCGACACUGGUGAUUCGAAUGAUAAUAAUCAUGAAAUCAUGAUGGACUCAACGGGGAUCUUAGGACUCCUACCAAAGUUGGAUUUGGCUUUGGAAAGAAAACCCCUUCCAGCUUAG